UGCGGGCUCGGCCUCCGCCCCGGCCGCCUCCCGGAGCAGCUGCUGGCGGUGGCCCCCGGAGUUUGCGGCGAGCGGGCUGGAGAACGUCACGGCCUGCGCGCUCCCUUCCUGGCUCCGGAGCUGCGCCAGGCGGACGCCGUGGAUGCCCUAGCGGGUAAAACCGAAACCAAAGAAUCUCGUGCCCGUCCGGGGCCAGCCGGCCAACCGGCCGGCCAGGUGUCCGGAGGACCCUCUCGCCCCUCCUCGGAUCACCGAGCCCAGCUCCUCGACUGGGCGGGUCGACCGGGCGGGUCGACCGGGCUGCGACCCCGCCACGGCAGCGGCCUCUCGGCUUCCUGUUGGGUCCCCAACAUUCGCCCCCUGCUGGUGAGCGGCGCGCAGAAUGGCCCGGUGCUGCUUCUACGCGGUGGGGACCCUGUCCUUGCUCCUGCUGGUGACCAGCGUCACGCUGCUAGUGGCCAGGGUCUUCCAGAAGGCCGUGGACCAGACAAUCGAGAAGAAUAUUGUGCUAAGGAAUGGUUCCAAGACCUUUGACUCCUGGAAGAAGCCCCCUCUGCCUGUGUACUCCCAAUUCUAUUUCUUCAAUGUCACCAACCCAGAGGAGAUCCUCAGAGGGGAGAUCCCUCGGUUAGAAGAAGUGGGGCCAUACACCUACAGGGAAAUCAGAGACAAAGCAGAGAUUCAGUUUGGGGAUAAUGGAACAACAAUAUCUGCUGUCAGCAACAAGACCUAUGUUUUCGUGCGAGACCAAUCUGUCGGAGACGCCAAGACGGACCUGAUCAGAACAGUGAACAUUCCUGCGGUGACUGCCAUGGAGUGGGCCCACCAGGGCUUCAUCCAGAUGCUCAUCCAGGCGCUGUUAAAGGUGUACCAGCAGAACUUCUUCAUGACGCACACAGUCCACGACUUGCUCUGGGGCUACAAAGAUGAGCUCCUGGCCCUCAUCCACCCAUUCAGACCCGACAUCUUGCCCUAUUUUGGCUUGUACUAUGGGAGAAAUGGGACUAAUGAUGGAGACUAUGUUUUUCUAACUGGAGAAGACAACUACCUUGACUUCUCAAAGAUUGUGGAAUGGAAUGGAAAAACGUCCCUUGAUUGGUGGGCAACAGACAAGUGCAACAUGAUUAAUGGAACGGACGGCGACACUUUUCACCCGCUCAUCACCAGAGAUGAAACGCUGUAUGUCUUUCCAUCUGACUUUUGCAGGUCACUGUAUAUAACUUUCAGUAACUUUGAGAGUGUACAGGGACUGCCUGCCUUUCGGUUUAAGGUGCCCGAAGAAAUAUUAGCCAACACUUCAGACAACGCCGGCUUCUGUACACCUACGGGAAACUGCCUGGGCUCAGGAGUCCUGAAUGUCAGCGUCUGCAAGAAUGGUGCACCUAUUAUUUUGUCUUUCCCACACUUCUACCAAGCAGAUGAGAAGUUUGUUUCUGCCAUAGAAGGCAUGCAUCCAAAUAAGGAACAUCAUGAGACAUUUGUAGACAUUAAUCCUUUGACUGGAAUUAUCCUAAGAGGAGCCAAGAGGUUCCAAGUCAAUGUUUAUGUCCAAAAAAUAGAUGGCUUUAUUGUGACGGGAGAUGUGAGGACCAUGGUUUUCCCAGUGAUGCACGUCAACGAGAGUGUUCUCAUUGAUAAAGAGACAGCGAGUCGACUGAAGUCUGUGGUGAACACCACUAUGAUCGUCACCAACAUACCCUACAUUGUCAUGGCGCUGGGCGUGUUCUUUGGUUUGAUCUUCACCUGGCUUGCGUGCCGAGGACAGGGAUCUAUGGACGAGGGGACUGCAGAUGAAAGAGCGCCUCUCAUUCGAACCUAACCAUGGCCUGAGCAUGACAAAGGCACCGUGCUGAGCUGUCCUGACCUGGAACAGACAUGGGCAAACCGUUGCGUCCUCACUGGAUCCAAGCCUGUUGUGAGAGGAGGGAGGAGACCCAGAGCUAGCAAGUGAUGAGAACCUCGGGCCGGAGCGUAAAGAACAGGCUGAUUCAUUGGCCAUUAGGCUUUAUCAAACCCUGUGGUCCCUGACCAAGUGUUUUGUUUUUCAUGUGUCUAGCAAGUAUUUAAUAAACUCUUGUACAGUAAUUUUUUUGUGGGUGGGUGCUGGUAGCUCCAGAAUUUUGUGACCACUGUUGUGGUUAUAAUGUCUCAGCAUCAGUCGCUAAUGCUACUUGGUCUAACCUUAUUCGGUACGCUUCAUUCACCAAACCGUGUACUCAGAAUACAUAAAUAGCAUCUGUUUGUUGUAUUUCUCUAUUCAUAUCGCCCCCAAAACAGAAGUAAAUGAAGGUUCGGAACCCAGGGUAAAAUGGUAGCCUUGUUCAGUACAUCAUUCAAGUGCAUCUAAUUUCCUCUUUUAAAAAGUUGUAUAUUGCAUUUCAUGCUAAUUGUCAGUGCACAAUUCCUCCAGGGACAUGAUGCGGUCCCCUGACCACUUUCAUACUGGUAGGAAUCAAGUGGUGAGGCGGUUUGAUGGAGCGAGGCACCUGUAAGUUUGGUAGCUAUAAACCCCUGAGGGUUUUUUACUUGAACUUUUGUGUGAAAGAAUGCAUAGAUAAUGUUGGUGGGGACAGUGCAGCUAUUCCAUACAGAGCAGAACUAAAUGCUAGCUCUGAGAUUUGUAGAUAGUUUGUUAUUUUUCAAAUCGAAAUGAUCUUGAUGUGGAAAGGUACUCCUGGGAGAAUGUAGUCAAUAACCGAUCCCCCCCAUCACCCUCGCUAAAUGUACUGUAUUACUACAAUACUAUUGAGUGCUUAUUUGUAAAGUUAUUUAUGAAUAUAGGAAAUCCGUACAUCCACAGCUUAGGGUGCCUGUAAGUUUCAUGAGGUCUCCCUACACUGAAGAGACAUUUCUUUGGGGAUAGUCUUUUUGGUAACUUUGAAAUUGUUUUUGUAAGUUUCCUUCUUUCCUCAGAUUCAGUUCCUUUCAAUGUUUUGUGGCUUACUAUCAUUGCUCAACAGAGAAAAAUGUGUCCCAUGCUUCCGUGACAAUCAUCUUGCUGACAGAAAACAGUGUCUUUAAAAUAUUGCUCAGAAAGUGCUUCAAGGUCCCUUGGGACCAGAAGCAGAGUCGUCUGUCCUCAGAAGACCUCAAGUGGUUUUCAGUGUAAGCUAAGUCAGGGGACUGGGAACCAUCAUAUGUCACAGGAUUCAAGCAGAGUAAAAGACAAUUAUUUUUUAAUUCUCGAAGUUCAAAAUUUGAAAUUCAUUUUUGAUUGAGAAACCUGUAUAGUUGUCUGGCAAAAAUAAUUGGCAUAUAUUAUUUUUUUCACUUAAAAAUUUUUUUAUUUUAAUUGUUGUUCAAGUACAGUUUUCUGUCUUUUACUCCCAUCCCAGCCCACCCCCACAGUCCUUCCUGCUCCCUCCCAUUUCCAUCCCCCCCCUUUGUCCAUGUGUCUUUUAUACUUGUUCCUGCAAACCCUUCCCCUUUCCCCCUGAAAUUCCCUUCCCUCUCCCCUCUGGACACUGUCAGCCUGUUCUCUAUUUCAGCGUCUUUGGUUAUAUUUUGCUUGUUUGUUUGUUUUGUUGUUUAGGUUGCUGUUAAUGGCAUAUAUUAUUUUUUAUGCAUCCACUUAGCCACACUACUAGAACGGAUAAGCCAGUGCUUACUCACUAGUUCAUGCUAUCAUCAGGGUAUAAUAAUUUCUGAGGACAUUUUUAAGUACUAUGAAUGAUAACAGUUAAUGAUAUAGACCUUGAGACUGAAUCCCACACAGAUGGGGAGACCAAAAACAUACUCUUCCCAUAUAAUUCUUAAUAUAGUUACUUGGCUUUCACAUUUGGUAUUUUCCUUCAGAGAAGUCUGUGGCAAACCUGUAUACUGCUGUCAAAGUUAUAGAUUGGUUAAAAAAGACCGUACCAGCUAUUUGACUUUAGAUUGAAAAUAACAAACUAUUCAUCUUUACUUUCUUGGAGCCAUUUUCCUGGAAAGGCCCCCAGAGUCUUUGCAAUUGUCGCUAAAUCACAGAAUACCAGCGUCUGGUACUAGGAUACUCAACUUAGGGAGAAACCAGAGAGGUUACCUCACUUCUCAGGGAAAACUGGGAGUUGAACACAGGACAGGAAGUGGGCAUGGCCACCUUUGGCUCCAGGGUUUUUCCCUAGGCUUUAUUUCCUCACUAAUAGUCACUAAUGGUCAAGUGGAGCAAGUACUGCAUAACUAACCCCUAUCACAAUUUUUACUUAAGGGAGGCUAAUUUUUUAUUUACAUUGCUAGAGAUAAGGAGUUCUGCAAAAGUUGACCUUCAUGCUUGACCCCCUGAGUGUUACUGGAGUUAAUUGCGUGUGGCUAUUAAAGAGAAUACUGACCUGAAUGUUCUUAAUGUAGCUUGUGUAGUUGGUUCAUUUCAUGUAACUCUUGACAUGUUUAUUUCUACCCUUCAUUCAAUGAAGUAUUUCACUAAUAAAAAACAUUUAUAUGAAA